AUGAAUUCGGACGAGACCUCGGUGUCCUUGAGUGACCACGACAAAGAUGAAUCUGUAAUCCUAGCUCAAUCAGAACAAAAACGUCACCAAGAAAUCACUAAGCUCGCACGCACUUUCUCACAACUCUCACAACAAAACAGCUCAGGUUCUGACGCCAUCAAUACCUUCCUUGAUCCGUCCAAUAAUCCUGAGUUGGACCCUAAUUCGCCCGACUUUAACUCCCGCAAAUGGGUUCGCAAUACCUUGCAGUUGACCCGUGACCCUGACCGUUUUCCGCGUCGCACAGCAGGCGUCUCCUUCCAGAAAUUGAAUGUCUUUGGUUAUGGCACCGCUGCAGAUUAUCAGGUCAAUUUUGCUAAUGUCUGGCUGAAGAUGCUGGAUGGUGUGCGGCAUAUGGUUGGCCUGGGAAAGAAAGUGCGCAUUGACAUCCUCCGUGACUUUGAAGGAAUCGUGGAGCAUGGUGAGAUGUUGGUAGCUUUAGGUCGACCGGGCAGUGGAUGUUCCACACUCCUUAAGACCAUUGCGGGUGAGACACAUGGUCUCUUUCUGGGUGACGGAGUCGAUGUACAGUAUGAAGGUAUCACAUGGGAGCAGAUGCACAGUCGCUUCCGUGGUGAAGUCAUUUAUCAGGCUGAGACGGAAAUUCAUUUCCCUCAGUUGACCGCCGGAGAAACAUUGUUUUUUGCGGCUGCAGCACGUACACCGGCCAAUCGUCUGCCUGGUGUGACGCGUGAUCAGUAUGCCUUGCACAUGCGGGAUGUGACGAUGGCCAUGCUUGGACUCUCCCACACCGUCGACACCAAGGUGGGAAAUGAUUUCAUUCGCGGUGUCUCUGGAGGUGAGCGAAAGCGCGUCAGUAUUGCCGAGACAACACUAUGUGGCAGUCCUUUACAGUGCUGGGAUAACAGUACGCGUGGACUGGAUAGCUCUACUGCGCUGGAAUUUGUGAAGAACCUUCGGCUGUCUACAGAGUACAGUGGUACUACUGCUGUCGUUGCGAUCUACCAGGCUAGCCAGUCUAUCUAUGAUCUCUUCGAUAAGGCGAUUGUCCUUUACGAGGGGCGCCAGAUCUACUUUGGCAAAGCUCAAGAUGCGCGUCGCUUCUUCAUCGAAAUGGGCUUUAACUGUCCCGAUCGACAAACCACUGCGGAUUUUCUGACUUCGCUUACCAGUCCAUCGGAACGUGAGGCUCGUCCAGGCUUCGAAAAUCGAAUCCCCCGUACACCAGAUGAGUUUGCAGCUCGUUGGAAAGCAAGUCCCGAGCGAAAGCAACUUCUUCAGCAAAUCGCCGACAAGACGGCUCAGAAUCCAGUUGAAGGGCGUCGGUUUGAGCAAUUCAGUCACUCUCGCGCAGCUGAGAAGGUCAAGAGCUCACGCGCUGCCUCUCCGUACACCCUUUCAUAUCCUAUGCAGGUCAAGCUCUGUCUCUGGCGCGGAUUCCUACGAUUGAAGGGCGACAUGAGCAUGACAUUGGCAUCUGUGAUUGGUAACUCGGUUAUGGGCAUCAUCAUCGCAACAGUUUUUGUAGGCCUCGAGCCCAACACUAACAGCUUCUUCCAACGCGGUGCACUACUUUUUUUUGCUGUCCUGUUGAACGCCUUCGCUAGUGCUUUGGAAAUCAUGACCCUGUGGCAACAGCGGCCCAUUGUAGAGAAACACUACAAGUACGCCCUGUAUCAUCCGUCUGCUGAAGCCAUCAGCUCUUACAUCGUCGAGCUGCCGUCCAAAUUAUUGAUUGCCAUCUUUUUCAACAUUAUCAUCUACUUCAUUGCUGAUCUUCGUCGGACAGCCGGUCACUUCUUUAUCUUCUUUUUAUUCUCAUUCACCACCACUUUGGUAAUGUCGAAUCUUUUCCGAUGGAUCGGAGCCGCGUCCCGAGCCAUGGCCCAAGCUAUGGUUCCGUCCUCAAUCUUCAUGAUGAUGCUGGUAAUUUAUACGGGCUUUGCUAUUCCAACUCGAGAUAUGCAUCCUUGGUUCAGGUGGUUGAACUGGCUUAAUCCUAUUGCGUACGCAUUCGAAUCAUUGAUGGUCAACGAAUUCAGUGAUCGGGACUUUCCUUGCUCCUCCUAUGUUCCCCAGGGCCCUGGUUACCAAAAUGCCCCACGGAACUCGACAAUCUGCAACACAAAGGGCGCAGUCGCGGGUCUGGAUUAUGUCAGUGGAGACGCAUACAUCAACACCACGUACCAGUAUUCUAAGGGUCACCUGUGGCGGAACUUUGGAAUUCUUGUUGGGUUUUACGUCUUUCUACUGAUCCUCUACGUUAUCACGGCCGAGUACAGUCGAGCUAAACCAUCCAAAGGCGAGAUCUUGGUUUUCCCUCGCGGCAAGAUUCCUGCCUUUGUGAAGAAUGGUAGCAGCGGAGAUUCGGAGACUGGGCUCGCGGAGAAAACCCAGAUUGGCGAGGCUCAGGAUCAGACUGCCAAGUUGGCUAAACAGACCUCUAUCUUCCACUGGGAAAAUGUUUGUUAUGACAUCAAGAUCAAAGGCAAACCCCGACGUAUCCUUGAUGGCGUGGACGGCUGGGUAAAGCCUGGUACCUUGACUGCCCUGAUGGGUGUGACAGGUGCGGGUAAGACCUCAUUGCUCGACGUGCUCGCUGACCGUGUGACCAUGGGAGUGAUCACCGGUGAUAUGCUCGUGGAUGGUAGGCAACGUGAUGGCUCUUUCCAGCGCAAGACAGGCUAUGUUCAACAACAGGACCUGCAUUUGGAGACUAGCACGGUCCGUGAAGCUCUCAUCUUUAGUGCGCUCCUCCGUCAGCCUCACAAGACCCCCUAUGACGAGAAGAUUGCCUACGUUGAGGAAGUCAUCAAGAUGCUUGAUAUGGAAGAAUACGCAGAAGCAGUUGUUGGUAUCCUGGGUGAAGGAUUGAACGUGGAACAACGCAAGCGACUGACCAUUGGCGUGGAGAUUGCGGCUAAGCCGGACUUGUUGCUGUUUUUCGAUGAACCAACCUCCGGUCUUGACAGCCAAACCGCCUGGUCUAUCUGCUCGUUGAUGCGCAAGCUUGCCGAUCACGGCCAGGCUGUUCUCUGUACCAUUCACCAGCCCUCGGCAAUCCUUAUGCAACAGUUUGAUCGGCUUCUGUUCCUUGCGAAGGGUGGUCGCACGGUGUACUUUGGUGACCUGGGUUCUAACAUGCAGACUCUGAUCAAGUACUUUGAGAACAAAGGCUCGAUCAGUUGUCCACAUGACGCAAACCCUGCUGAAUGGAUGCUCGAAGUGAUUGGUGCUGCCCCUGGCUCCCAUGCGGAUCGCGACUGGGCCGAUGAAUGGACCACUAGCCCUGAACGAGUGGUGGUCCGAGAAGAAUUGACCAAGAUGAAACAGGAGCUCUCCCAGAAAACGGUGGCGCUCGCAACGACUGGGUACGGAGAAUUUGCAACUCCAAUUUGGUACCAGUUCCUGGUCUGUAUUCGUCGGAUGUUUCAGCAGUACUUUCGUAGCCCCGGAUACCUCUACUCGAAGACUGCGAUGUGUGUCUUACCGCCUCUCUUUAUCGGCUUCAGUUUCUGGCGUGAACCGAACACUCAACAAGGCCUGCAGAACCAGAUGUUUGCUAUUUUCAUGCUUCUGAUCAUCUUCCCCAAUUUGGUCCAACAGAUGAUGCCCAGUUUCUGCGUGCAGCGCUCGCUGUACGAAGUGCGGGAACGGCCCUCCAAGGCGUACUCUUGGAAAGCGUUCAUGCUCGCAAGUAUCUUUACGGAACUGCCGUGGAACAUCAUCAUGGCCAUCCCCGUGUAUUUCUCGUGGUAUUACCCGAUCGGACUGUACCGCAAUGCAGCCGGCACGACGGCAGCACGGGGUGGAACCAUGUUCUUGAUAAUCUUGAUCUUCCUCAUGCUCGCGUCGACUUUUAGCUCGAUGGUUAUUGCGGGAAUUGAGACGCCCGAGACGGGCAGCAAUAUCGCGCAAUUAAUGUUCUCUCUUUGUUUAGUUUUCAAUGGUGUCCUCGCGAGUCCCACCCAGUUGCCCCGAUUCUGGAUCUUCAUGUACCGCGUCUCGCCCUUCACAUACCUAGUCUCAGCGGUCCUGUCCACUGGACUGGCAGGGAGUACCGCGCAUUGCUCCGAUAUCGAGGUCCUCACCGUCUCGCCACCUUCUGGACAGACUUGCUCGGCGUAUCUGGACUCCUACGUGAAUACUUACCACUCGACCCUGCUCAAUGGGGACGCAACGGAAAACUGUCGACUCUGUGCUAUCUCCACUACAGACCAAUUCCUGGCUGCACUCAACAUUUAUUUUAGCGACCACUGGCGGAAUAUCGGCUUGCUCUUUGCUUAUAUUGCUUUCAAUAUUUUCAUGGCCGUCUUCCUCUAUUGGUUGAUUCGGGUACCGAAAAAUUGGUCCCGCAAGGUCAAGCGGGAGUGA